AUGACCGAGUCCGCUCGCCUCAUUAGCAUGCUCAGGGCAUCUGCUGUUCACAAAGCUAACUGCGACAAGCCCCUCGAUUACGGCUACUCACCCUGCGCGACUACCUCCCAAGUCCCUCAAGUCGAAACUGCACCUAUCCGUCUUAAGGUUAUUCCAGUAUCCCUCCUCGAAGGCCUCAUACACGCCAGUAAGCACGGUGUGCCUCGUCCGAACCAACCCCUGAGCGUCGACUUCAAAGUAGGCCUUGAUCAAAUUCUAAACACCCUCAACACCACCUUCUCGCGCGACGCCUCCGUCGUCGUUCCUAGCAAGGAGACCGCACACGACCUUGUCAACGAUCUCGCCAUCGAGAACUGCAAGCGCAUCUUCGUUGUUCGCUCAAGCACCACUCAGCUCGAGAAUAUUGCUAACAAUCUCGGUAUCGCAUUACUCUCUCCAACAAUGGCCGGCCGAUUCCCGGUGCUCAGCACCUCUGACCUCCCCCGAGCCUCUGCUGAAGAGCAGGCCGCCACUGCUUCGCCCGCCCGCGGCACCGCGAUGCUCAACUCCAUCUUCAAAUCCGUGCGCGUCCCCGAGUUCCGCUUCAAAUGGCUGUUCUGGGCCGAGAAGGGUCAGCAGUCCACUCCCAAAGACAAAGCUGCAAACUCGGAGGAAUACUCGUCGCGACCCAAGCCAUUGGGUGAGCAGAUCAUCAGUGUGCGGGAAUUCUACCAGCACUUCAACAACAUCCCUGUUGAGAGCUUGAAGCUGCGCGACUCGAUACACCUCUUUCAUUUGGGCAUCAAGCCAGUUUGGGAGGAUCCAAGAAAUGCGCGCGGUGGCGCUUGGUACUUCAAGGUCAGCAAGGAGCUUGCCGCGCAAUUCUGGCAUGAGAUGUGUCUUCUCGCCGUGGGAGACAUUCUCCAGUCUGCCGUUGAGACAAAGCGAGACUCCUUCAACGACGACAUCUGCGGCAUCACCUACAGCGUCCGCUGGAACGCAGUCCAGAUCGCCGUCUGGAACCGCGACGCAGAGAAUGUGGCUGGGCGCGAGAAGCUGUUGGCUAUCAUUCUCGACAAGCUAUCUCCCGAGCUGCAGCCGAAGAAGGAAGACAGCUACUGGUACAAGCCUCACAAGGAGCACAAGGGGUUUGUUGAGCAACAGUGA